AUGUUUGAAGGACAAGAAAAUAGUUUAAAGCAGGCUGUUGAAGUGGAAGACACUCAGAAAGACAUAUUUUUGAAGUUCCUGCAAUUUCUAUACACUGAUAAUGCUCCUGUUACCGCAGAUAACUUCGGAAACCUGAUGUACUGUGCCAAGAAAUAUGAUAUAGAAACGUUGUCAUCUUUUUGUAAAAGAUCUUUACAAUCAUUCAUCAAGCCGGACCUGGUUUGCAAGAUGAUGGAAUUUGCAUAUCAAUUUGACGACUCGGAAAUCAUAGAUACAUGUUUGAAAACAAUUGAAGUCAACACCCCUAGUUUUUUAUACACCGAGUCUUUUAUGAAGUUGUGUUCAACUUGUGUCUAUAAAAUAACUCAGCAUGAUAGAAUUUUUGCUCCAGAAGAUGUUGUUUAUCAACAGGUCUGUAUAUGGUCAGAAAAAGAAUGUGCUCGACAAGAAUUACCAGUCACCGCAGAAAAUCAGAGAAUGGUUUUAGGGGAUAUUCUUUUCGAAGUUCGCUUUCCAAAUAUGAAUCAUCAGUUCUUGGACAAUAUCGUAUGUGAAUCAAAUCUUUUGACUGACAAAGAUAAAAUAGAAAUUUUGCGAAGGCAGCUAAAAUCAAAAACCGAAAAAUCUUGCAAAUUUAAGUAUCACGAAAGGAUAUGGCGGUCUUCUAAAGUGAAGUCAAGCCAAUUUUCAUCAAAGAUUCGCAUGCUUAAUUGUAAAAGUGGUAAUACUGAUUUUUCAUUAAAUUUCCACGUAUCUUCUUACUCUGUUUUGGUUGGAAUAUACUUAAAUAUUGAGAAGUUAAGACAACAUAACGUUCAGGAUGUCAAGGUUGUUGGCACCAUUUCGGAAUCAAAUGUUAGAAGAAACAGCAGCACAGUGGAAUUUUCCAUUCCAUUUUGUCAAAUAGAAGAUAACCUUAUGGAACUAUACCCAAAUUAUUUCGUUCCAGUGAAAGUACAAUCAAAAUAUACUAUUUCAAUUGGAUUUGUUUUCAACAGUACAUUUGGAGAAGUAUGUAAUGGCCUAGAUAUUGAAUAUAAACAAAUAAAACAACAUGAGACAACUGCUGAAUUUAAUGGUAAAGAAUUAUCAUUAAGUAGACCUCAUUCAUUCACAGAAGAGCUUGAAACACUAAAAAAGUUCAUUUUAAUAACUGGAUUACACCUUGUUUAA